CCCCUCCCUCAGCCGGCAGAAAACAGUGGAACCCUCCCGUAGAGGUGAGAGCGCAGAUGUCAUGAAAGCGACCGCAAGACCAGAGCGCAACCACCGACACGCCGACCGACCUCAGUCCGCCUCCCUGCGCCUCCGUCUGGGAUGCUUUUAGCGCACAAGCCGCCUCCAAUCAGGGCAGCGGUCAUCGACGCAGCUCGUCGACAUUCUUUUAGUUGUUAGUUGUUUUUAUUAUUUAACUGAGGAUCUUGCCUGCCGAGACGCCCCUUUUUCGUUUUAGUGUUUAUGUUUAUUUCUUCAUGACUGCUGCUUUGGGAAGUGAGGCGCAACAGCAACACCAUGCGAGCUCAAAUCGAAGUAAUACCGUGCAAAAUUUGCGGAGACAAAUCAUCAGGCAUCCACUACGGAGUCAUCACAUGUGAGGGUUGUAAGGGAUUCUUCCGAAGGAGUCAGCAGAACAACGCAUCCUACUCCUGCCCCCGCCAGAGGAACUGCCUCAUCGACAGAACAAACCGCAACCGAUGCCAACACUGCCGCCUUCAAAAGUGUCUAGCCCUAGGAAUGUCCAGAGAUGCGGUGAAGUUUGGACGCAUGUCAAAGAAACAACGUGACAGUCUGUAUGCCGAGGUCCAAAAGCAUCAGGCCCGACUACAGGAGCAGCGGCAACAGCAAACGGGGGAAGCGGAAGCUUUGGCACGGGUUUACUCAUCUAGCCUAACCAAUGGACUGUCAACCCUCAACCAUGAGAUUGGGGGCACUUAUGCCAAUGGUCACGUCAUUGACCUGCCCAAGGGUGGCCACGCUAAUGGUGCUGGACUUCCAGGGGGCUACUAUGGGAUGGAUUCCACCCAGCCGUCUCCAGACCAGUCAGGUUUGGACAUGUCGGGCGUGAAGCACAUAAAACAGGAGCCAGUCUACGACUUGACGCCAGUGCCCAACCUGUUCAGCUAUGCUGGCUACCAGGACAGUCAACUGGGACACAACAACGUCAGCAUGGGAGAACUAGACCGCAUUGCUCAGAAUAUCAUCAAGUCUCAUCUGGAGACGUGUCAGUACACCUCAGAGGAGUUGCAACAGUUGGCCUGGCAAACACACUCCUAUGAGGAAGUCAAAAUGUACCAGAGCAAGCCUCGGGACGUGUUGUGGCAGCAGUGUGCCAUUCAGAUCACACAUGCGAUCCAGUACGUGGUAGAGUUUGCCAAGCGCAUCUCAGGGUUUAUGGAGCUGUGUCAAAAUGACCAGAUCCUCCUGCUGAAAUCAGGUUGUUUAGAGGUCGUCCUGGUGAGGAUGUGCAGGGCAUUCAACCCUCUCAACAACACCGUGCUUUUUGAGGGGAAAUAUGGAGGCAUGCAGAUGUUCAAAGCUCUGGGUUGUGAUGACUUAGUGAGCGCAGUGUUUGACUUUGCCAAGAGUUUGUGCUCACUGCAGCUGACGGAGGAGGAGAUCGCUCUCUUCUCGGCAGCUGUCCUCAUUUCCACAGAUCGGCCAUGGUUGAUGGAGCCCCGCAAAGUUCAGAAACUCCAGGAGAAGAUCUACUUUUCUCUGCAGCACAUUAUGCAGAAGAACCACAUGGACGAAGAUGCAUUGGCUAAGCUGAUCAGUCGUAUCCCAACACUGUCUGCUCUGUGUACGCUCCACACGGAGGAGCUUCAAGCUUUCCAGCAGCUUCAUCCAGAAACAGUCAACGUUCUCUUCCCGCCACUCUAUAAAGAACUGUUCAAUCCAGACCCGAACUCUGCCAUGUCCAUGCCCAAGUGACUGACUGCCUAUUGCGCCAUUGCAACAAACUAUUUCAGUGGAGGAACAAAAGAAUACAAGGACAGCUAUGUCUGACAAGACGACAUUGGUAAUAUCUACCAAGUUCACAGCUCCUCUUGUUUCAUUUGAGACUGGGGAGGUGAGUGGUCAUCCGACACAAACUUACACUUAGCGCCAACAAUACGUACUAGGAAUGUCCAGCACUUGUCCCAUCCUGUUCACCGAUACAGUCUGAAGAAUGUAUAUAGAAAUGAAACAUGCCCCAAGCCACAACCUGAGCAGGGGUUACUUCUUGUCUUCUGACCAGAAAUGUACAGACUUUAAAAAAAAGAAAAUUCUAAGAACAAUUUAUACUGUUCGUCUUAAAAUAUCGGUACAUCAAAUUUAUUUUACAUUUGAAAAAGAAAAACCUUUUUGUUUAGAUUUUUUCUCCGAAAUGAAGAAAUAGUUUUAAAAGGCUGAAUGGGGGAGGGAACUGAGGAAUUAGAAAAGCUAUUGUAGAUAUUCUCCUAGUACAGAGCAGAUUCCAGUAUUACUUCUGUUAAAAUAAGUUAGUCCUAAUUUAAAUAUACAACAGUCCACCGUGGCUGAUUAUUCCUUGUCUAAGUGUUUUAAUUUUAACGGAUACUUUCUUGUGUACAGAAUUUGUAAAGUUAAGACUUGUAAAGGAAUACUGGGUAAAACUGGGAGUUGAUUUUCAUUUGUUUAUAUAUAGAAGCCUUGUCUGGAUUUUGUUCAUACGUAUAGAAGGAACAGCAUCCUUCUGAUGCAAACAUGUAGAGAUGUAAAGAAGAACAUAUGAUGGAUUAACAAAAAAAAAGAAAUAGCUACUUUUCAAGAUGGAUACGGUAAUAUUCUAUAUUGUUGCUGCAAUAAGUGAAUCCAAAAAGCUGGAUUGCUUUUUAACAAUCACGGAGAAACAACCAAUAUGAAAAUGCAAUUUCAAAAUCAAACUCAUGUCUUUGUCAAGAAAAUUCCCAUAACCGUGCCCCAUAUAGUAUGACAGGGCACUGACUUCAGGGUGGUGGGAAUUUUUUACCACUGGAGAGCAAGAUGAGAAAUGAAACUUAAUCUUAAUUUAAGGUAACGUUCUAAUCUUCAAAGACCUGAAUUACUGCUGUAUCUCCUCAUCCCUCCCAUCACUAUUUGCACAAUCGAGUCCCUGGACAUCCUGGGCCACUCCGGGCUGUGAAUAUGAAGGAACCCAGUGAGCAAUAACUUUUAUCCUGCCUUCUUUUUUUUUUUUUUUUAAUCUUUAAGAUUUCCUUUUCUGUUGUUUGGAACAGGGUAGCAAUUUCUACUAAAAUGCACUAUAUUAGAAGGUACUAAAUUCCAUCACAGGCUGUUUUUAGUGUUUUAGCAAGACACAAAAUGGGCUGUGGUUAGAAUAUACACAGAGCACUGGUUGCCAGAUAUGAACAAAAAUCAUUCUAAAUACCAAUGAUCACUUCGUAAAUGAAAACGUACACAGAAAAACGUGAUAGACAAUCAAUCAGCUUUGCUUUUUGUUAGCAGUUACAUAUUUAUUAGCACUUACAAAUGGACGUUUUGUUUUUAAUUGUUCUGCCUUAAUAUUGGUUUAACUUCAAUUUGGCCGCUGAGUAACAAAUGCACACUGAAUUUUCCAAGGCAAGGACACUUGCAUGGAAAGUACAGAGUCGGCUUGAAAGGUCUGUGCAGUCCUGCUUUUAGCCACUAGAUGCUCCGUAUGCAUUAUUUUUGGUCAGGAAUGACAAGGCCUCACCUAAAUUAAUUGUUAGUAUUGGCACCAAUUUAGGAAAGCAUUUCAAUAAAUUAUUGUACAAGUGUUUCAAUUAUGUGCACACAAAAAUUUUUGACAUUUGCUGAAAUUUCAAUACUGUUCUUUCUUACACAGUGGCCAAAUGUAAUGCUUGCUGUACGCAUGGACAUUGUUAUUUGUUAAAUGAAUUCAAUAAAUAUGGAUUUAGUUGAUUCAACCUCUCACCCCACAACCCAGAUCAGUGGCCAGUGACUCUGUAAGACAAUCAAUCACUUGCUCAUUAAGGCUUGAUGCACUACAUAGCAUCUCUCAGGGAGCAAGUCUUUUCUGACUUUGCAUUAGAAGAGGGUUUCAUAUUUUUGCAAAUUUAUGAGAACAAAAGUUUUUAAUGAAAAUAGGAAUACUUUUUGCGAUAAAAAGCAGCAUAUGAUAGCAAUGGAAUCUGCCCAGACAAGGCUUUGAUUAGUGUGUGCGCGCGUGCGUGCGUGUACAGGGCAUGAAUUCACUGUCCAAAUCUUAUGUCCAGAUUAUAUGAUAAGCAUGGUGACGUAUAGCACAAGGAGAGCUCUAAUUGCUCCAUAUCAGUGUGCUCUUGUCAUCACUUGCGUUCACUUAUGUUUACUGCUUAUUUUGCUGCUUAUGGGACCAUGUGGGAAGUUCACUGGCAAACUGUGAAUCAUGCAACAUCACAACGCUGGACAGUGAAUUCCAACUCUGAAGUUUUUGUGUGAGAUGUUUUUAUUUUCCCUUGUUAGACUGUGAAUCAGAGAGGUGGGAUGGGGUUGUGAGAGGAUGUGCUGGCAAAAACGAGUGGUAACAUAACACUGUAAGUAAGACACUGUAGCAAUAAGAACUGGAGGCAUUUACUACUGCCAUGUUUGCAUUGUAAGAUUAUUUUUUAUUUUAUUACUAUUUACUGUUAUUAUUGUUCUUAUUAUGUCUACUAUUCUCUAUUACUAUUAGCCUAUUGUUGUUCUGUUCUAUUUGCAUGACGUUUCAUUGCAAUGAAACAUUUUGGGCAUAUUGGUGUUUUGUCACCCUUCUGGGAGGGAUAAAUGGCAGGGUGGGUUUAAAACGGGAUCCAGAAUUAAGUCAGCUCUAAGUGAUUUUCCAACAAUAUGAAGGACUUCUAAAUAAAAUAUUAUUAUUUAUAC